GAACGAGUUACGUAAUUAGCGACCAUUCGCGGCGAUAAUCGGAACUAACCAGAACGAAGCUUUUACGUUUCUGUAGUGACUUAAGGUUUUUAUACUUGAUUUAUAGAAUUAUUUUGAAACGUAAUGGCUGCCACCAGCAAACCGGACGACCAUCGUAAAAAAUGGGACAGAGAAGAAUUCGAACGAAUCGCUCACGAAAGAAUACUAGAAGAAUAUGAACUGGAAAAAAAGGCUAAAGACAAGCAGCCUCCUGUUCGACGUGAAUAUCUAAAGCCUAGAGACUAUAGAGUAGAUUUAGAAUCCAAAUUAGGAAAAACUACCGUGAUUACAAAAACUACGCCAGCAUCUCAAGCUGGAGGGUACUAUUGUAAUGUGUGUGAUUGUGUAGUGAAAGAUUCUAUCAAUUUUUUGGACCAUAUUAAUGGAAAGAAACAUCAAAGAAAUUUGGGAAUGUCCAUGAGAGUCGAAAGAUCCUCAUUGGAUCAAGUUAAAAAGAGAUUCGAAAUGAACAGGAAAAAGUUAGACGAGAAGAAAAAAGAAUACGACUUUGAACAACGAAUGCAAGAAUUAAGAGACGAGGAAGAGAAAUUGAAAGAAUACCGAAGGGAGAAAAGAAAAGAGAGGAAGAGAAAAUCGCACGACUCCAGAGAUGAGGAGAUCGAUCCAGAAAUGGCCGCCAUCAUGGGAUUUUCGGAAUUCGGGUCAUCAAAAAAAUAGUAAAACAUUUUAUAAAUAAAUAAAUAAAAUUAUUUAAACUUUUUUAUUGUCGUGCAUAUACAUAUACACACGAAAGCACAUCUUUACCUGUAACUAUAGAACAAUUGUAAUUUUUGCUUUUGUAAAUGUUUUUUAAUGAAGUAAAUAUAACUUUUUUUUUUAA